AUGGCUGAUGACAAGGAGUCAAGCGCCGUUCCGAGCAGUGGUCCACAAACAACAGAGGAGCUUCCAACUCCCGAGACCUGUCGUAAGAUCGAGGACUAUCAGGUACUGGAUCGCGAGGGUAAAAAACACUCUUUUAAGAGUGUGUACGAUGGCCCUAGCUCUGCCGACCGCGUGGUGGUGAUCUUCAUCCGCCAUUUCUUUUGCGGUCCAGAGGGCUUGCUAAAAUUGCCCACCAGCACAUCGAUCGCCAUCGUCGGCUGCGGUGAUCCAGGCUUGAUAGAUUCCUACGCCAGCCGCACGGGCUGUCAAUUCCCAAUCUAUGCCGAUCCUACGCAAAAGUUGUAUGAGGACCUAGGGAUGGUUAGUAACCUGGCCAUGGGGCCGCAGCCGGGGUAUAUACGCAAAAGUAUGCUACGGGUCAUCGGCGAGUCGGUCGUGCAAAGUUUGAAGCAGAUCCCAAGCGGACUGGCACUUAAAGGAGGGCCAAGCAAUCAGAACGGCGGUGAAAUUAUUUAUGAAUCCGCUGGAGAGGGGCAGCCGAAGCAGAUGACUUGGUGUCAUAGAAUGACAACAACGCGCGACCAUAUCGAGGUCGAUGAGCUGGUGAAAGUCCUCGACCCAAGUCAGCAAUACUUCCAGAACCCUCAGGAAUGA